UUGUUGUGGAGCGCACAAAAGAUCAUAUGCAUGACGAUGAGGCCCUCUUCUUCGUCUUCUGCUUGCUCUGCUUCUCCUUCGUUAACGCUGUCGUCGCUGUCAGUGGCGGUCGAUAAGGCCACGAGCGAGCUUCUCCUCACUCCUGAUUGGACCAUCAUCAUCGCUAUCUGCGAUUCCCUCAAUUCUAAUCGCGGUCACUGCAAAGAUGCGAUCAAAGCGGUCAAGAGAAGAUUGCAGCACAAGAGCUCUAAAGUGCAGCUACUCACUCUAACGCUGUUGGAAGCAAUGCUGAAAAACUGUGGGGAGUUUGUGCAUUCUCAUAUCGCUGAGAAGCAUGUGCUUGAAGAUAUGGUUAAAAUUAUUGUGAGGAAGAAGGGUGAUUUUGAAGUAAGGAACAAAAUCUUGAUAUUGUUGGACACUUGGAAUGAAGCAUUCAGUGCUCGCAAAUACCCUCAUUACAACUGGGCUUACCGAGAGCUAAUCCGGUCUGGUGUGAAAUUCCCACAACGUUCAAAAGAAGCACCCCUAAUGCUCGAACCUUCGUCACAGUCUUCUUCCUCUUCUUCCAUGAAUUUAAUGUCCAUCGGUUCAUUUAAAAGGCUCGACGAAGCAAUGGCUACUGAAAUUGAGAGUCUAAGUUUAUCGAAUCUUGAAUCCAUGAGAACUGUCAUGGAUCUCAUGAGCGUUAUGGUUCAAGCCGUAAAUCCCUCUGAUAAAUCAGCCCUGAAAGAUGACCUCAUAGUUGAUCUAGUAGAGCAGUGCAGAUCUAAUCAGAAGAAACUAAUCCAGAUGCUCACCACAACUUCGGACGAGGAUGUUAUGGCGCGUGGCCUCGAGCUGAAUGACUCAUUGCAGGUAGCUCUCGCCAGACACGACGCUAUCGCCUCUGGUGUCUCUCUUCCUAUGUUGCAGGCUGCCCCAGAAACAAGGGACUCGACAAGCUCUGUCCUAAUCAAGACUAGUGAUGCUGAUGCUGCUGCUCUUGAGUCUGACCCUUCUUCAUCAUCAACGAGCAGUGAAAGUGAAACAUAUGAGGAGGGAGAUGAUGUUAAAAAUGACUUUAUCCAGUUAACCAAAAGUCACGCUCUAUUAAAUGCCGAGGAAGAAGAAGAAGAAACCUUGCUUCUAGGCAACAACAAUGAAAAUACAGCGGAAACCGAAGCCAAGACAGAGUGCAAAGAUCUAGCUCUAUUUGACACAGCAACAAGCAAGUCGGAGCAGGACAUUAUUGAACUUCUCAGCCUAACUUUGUCAACAACAGCUCUGCCGUCUUCACAAACGCAGGCUCCACCAAACACAAGGUUUUUGGCUGAUGAUCAUAUUCUUACGAACAGCUACGUAGUCCCAUGGGCACAAUCUCAGGCAGAAGCUCAAGUCCCCAAAAUGGCACAGUUUGUUCCAUUGGGACCUCAGUUUCAGCAGCAGCAUCAGCAGCAAUUUUCAUAUGGUUAUCCUCAGGCACAAUGGAACGGUGUUCAAGCCAACAAUUAUAAUGACACAACACUGUGGGGGCAAGGAGUUAGUGAGAAUAAGGUAUUUGAGAGAAACUUGCAAUACUCAAACUCCUUUCCAGCUAGAGGAGGGGCGGGGGGAGCAUCAGGUGCAGAGGUGGAGGGGCAGGCUCAGCAGCAGCCCCAGAGGCAGUAUGUUCCUCCGUACAAAUUGUUUGAAGAUCUGAAUGUUUUCUGGAAGGGAGAUGGAGGCGUUAGGAGUAGCAAAUGAGAUUUUGUUGGGAUCCCAAAAGAUUUUAAUAAACUGAAUAACAAUGAACUUUUUGUCUUAAUUUGCUGCGAACAAAUAAAAGAGAUCCUACUUUGAAUU